CUGCAAACCGAGAUAACGACGGCGGCGCGUCGGGCGAAAAUACAACAUACACCCCCUUUUUUAAGUUGUCCCCCCCCUCUCUCCCCCUCUCUCCCGUUUUGGAUAUUUGACCAUUUAUUUCAAGCAGACAGCGGCAGACUAGACUACUCCCAGAGGAGCUCCUGUCUGCUCCUGUAAGGAUGACUUCAGCAGCAUCUCUGGAUUAACCAGCCUGCAGCCUGCAUCCUGCAUCCUGCAGCCUGCAGCCUGCAGGCGGACUUCACCGGCGGAGGUUCGACGACGACCGGAGGGGGGGGGGAGACCAGCGUACGCAGGCAGGAGCGCCGACCAUGGAGCGGACCUCUGCGGCGCGGCUGCGCCCCCUCCUAACCCUGCUGCUCCUGCACGGGUCCGGCUGCCUCGCCGCCAAAGAGCUGCAGUGCCAGGAGAUCUCGGUGCCGCUGUGCAAAGGCAUCGGCUACAACUACACCUACAUGCCCAACCAGUUCAACCACGACACGCAGGACGAGGCCGGCCUGGAGGUGCACCAGUUCUGGCCGCUGGUGGAGAUCAAGUGCUCCACGGACCUCCACUUCUUCCUCUGUAGCAUGUACACUCCCAUAUGCCUGGAGGAGUACAAGAAGCCCCUGCCGCCCUGCAGGAGCGUGUGCGAGAGAGCCAAGGCGGGCUGCGCGCCCCUGAUGAGGCAGUACGGCUUCCCCUGGCCGGACCGGAUGCGGUGCGACCUCCUGCCGGAGCAGGGCAACCAGGACGUGCUGUGUAUGGAUUACAACCGGAGCGACGCCGCCACCACCGCCUCCCCGGUGGUGGCCAAGCCGACCAACCGGCCCUUAAAGCCGUACAGCCCGCGGAAGAAGAGCGGGUACGGCCGCGUCAACGCCGGGAAACACCAGCAGCCGGCGGCGGCGUCCUGCGAGCCGGGCUGCCAGUGCCGCGCGCCCAUGGUGCCGCUGAGCCGGGACAGCCACCCGCUGUACAACCGGGUCCGGACGGGGCACAUCCUGAACUGCGCCGUGCCGUGCCACAACCCCUUCUUCUCCCAGGAGGAGCGGACCUUCACCGCCUUCUGGAUCGGCCUGUGGUCGGUGCUGUGCUUCGUCUCCACCUCCGCCACCGUGGCCACCUUCCUCAUCGACAUGGAGAGGUUCAAGUACCCGGAGCGGCCCAUCAUCUUCCUCUCCGCGUGCUACAUGUUCGUGUCGGUGGGCUAUAUCGUGCGGCUGGUGGCCGGGCACGAGCAGGUGGCGUGCAACGUCGAGUACGGGUCGGAACACAUCCACUACGAGACCACCGGCCCCGCGCUCUGCACCGUGGUCUUCCUGCUCAUUUACUUCUUCGGCAUGGCCAGCUCCAUCUGGUGGGUCAUCCUGUCCCUCACCUGGUUCCUGGCGGCGGGGAUGAAGUGGGGCAACGAGGCCAUCGCCAGCUACUCCCAGUACUUCCACCUGGCCGCCUGGCUGAUCCCCAGCAUGAAGUCCAUCGCGGUUCUGGCUCUGAGUUCGGUGGACGGCGACCCGGUGGCCGGGAUUUGCUACGUGGGGAACCAGAACCUGGACAACCUCCGCGGCUUCGUCCUGGCGCCGCUCGUCAUCUACCUGUUCAUCGGCACCAUGUUCCUCCUGGCCGGCUUCGUGUCCCUGUUCCGGAUCAGGAACGUCAUCAAGCAAGGCGGCACCAAAACGGACAAACUGGAGCGGCUGAUGAUCCGCAUCGGGGUCUUCACGGUCCUGUACACCGUGCCGGCCACCGUCAUCGUGGCGUGUUACUUUUACGAGCAGCACCACCGGCAGACGUGGGAGAUCACCCACAACUGCAGCUGUCUGCCGGACCAGGACCGACACAGACCGGUCUACGCGGUCUUCAUGCUCAAGUACUUUAUGUGUCUGCUGGUCGGCAUCACGUCCGGCGUCUGGAUCUGGUCCGGCAAGACUUUGGACUCCUGGAGGACUUUCUGCACGCGCUGCUGCUGGGGGAGCAAGACCUCCUCGGGCUCCAUGUACAGUGACGUCAGCACCGGCCUCAGCUCCGUCUCCUGCCCCAAGCAGAUGCCCCUGUCCCGGGUGUGAGCGGGCGGGACGGCCGCGCUGUGAUUAACACGCUGAUGGCUCGUGUUUAACUAGCGGCAGGACAAUGUAGCUGCCAGGCAGAGUAUUAAUUAACCGGGCUUAAUUACCCACAUCUCCCUUCUUCUGCCCCCCCGUAGACCCCCAGCAGAGCUCAGCCUCAGCCCCCCCCCGUGUCCGCGGUAAAGAACGGUUCGGGUUUCAGACACACACACUUAGGAUGAUGAUAAUAACAACAACAACAACAAUAAUAAUAAUAAUAAGACUGCUUCGUCUUUUUCACUUCUGCAAGUUGCAUUUUGAAUCGAUGCCUUAAAGACUGUCUCAUACGGGUCUCAUUGUGUAUUUAUAUAAUUAUUGGUGUACAUAAUUUGUAUAUUUGUACAUGGGAUUUUACGAGAAUGUAAAUAUGUAUAAUUUCCACUUUGAUAGAAGAUCUUUAUUUUGAGAAUAAAACGACGUUUAUUGAAUUUUAUCCGCGCGUCCCUGUUCCAUUAUCCACUGUUUGGUAUGUGGUGGAGAGUCUAUACGGUCAUGCAGUAGAGUCCUGCAGUAGAGUCCUGCAGUAGAGACAUGCAGUAGAGACAUGCAUGCAGUAGAGUCAUGCAGUAGAGACAUGCAUGCAGUAGAGUCAUGUAGUAGAGACAUGCAGUAGAUUCAUGCAGUAGAGUCAUGCAGUAGAGACAUGCAGUAGAGUCAUGCAGUAGAGUCAUGCAGUAGA